AUGGACGUGGACGCGAUGGCCGACUCGUCCGCGCUGUCGAGCCCGCUGUCGAGUGCUCCUUCCUCCCCGCUGUCUUCGCCAGGCAACACCCCGCCUCCACCGCCCGGGAUGGGCCUGCUCUUCGGACACUACCCUUCACCCCCGACUUCGCAAGGUUCUCGACAGACCUCCAACACCACCACCCCGACACCAGAUGGCAUGGACUCGAGCGCCUCUACCGACAAGGAGGGCCCACCACCCGCGAAGCGGAGGAGAAUAUCAAAAGAGCGCACCACAGAGUAUCUGGAUCUGAGAGGCAGUGAGAUUGAAGAAGAGCAACAAGCCCAGCUGGAUCAACUACUGCAUGUAUUGCACAACCGCCAGAAGAUUGUCGUCAUUGCUGGCGCCGGCAUAUCUGUAUCUGCAGGAAUCCCCGACUUCCGCUCCUCCACCGGCCUGUUCAAAAGUCUCAAGGACGAGCACAAACUCAAAGGCUCCGGCAAACACCUCUUCGAUGCAUCGGUGUACAAGGAUGACACGUCCACCUCCACCUUCCACGAGAUGAUCGGCUCCAUGUCGCGAACUACGCGAGACGCCAAGCCCACUGCUUUCCACCACAUGCUCGCCACCAUCGCCAAAGAAGAUCGCUUACUACGACUGUAUUCGCAGAAUGUUGACGGCAUCGACACCUCACUGCCGCCCUUGAGUAGUCGCGUUCCGCUGCGCAAGGACGAGGCUGGAAAGUGGCCACGAACUGUUCAGCUUCAUGGCGGCCUUGACAAGAUGGUGUGCUCGAAAUGUCACGAUCUGUCGGAUUUUGAUGCCGCCUUGUUUUCUGGACCCGUACCACCGCUGUGCCCGAGAUGUGAGGAGAUUAACGAUAUCCGCACCAAUCAUGAGGGCAAGCGGAGUCACGGGAUCGGAAGGCUACGACCGCGCAUGGUGCUGUACAAUGAGCACAAUCCAGAUGAUAUCGCGAUUGGUGCAGUCACGCGAGAUGACCUGCGAAAGCGACCGGAUGCAGUCAUUGUUGCUGGAACGACAUUGAAAGUUCCUGGUGUUCGCCGUAUUGUGAGAGAAAUGUGUGCAUCAGUCAGAGAUCGGAGGGGUGGCGUCGCAAUCUGGAUCAACAACGACCUGCCGCCGGUGGCGAAGGAUCUGGAAGAGUGUUUUGAUAUUGUUGUGCAAGGAAAGUGCGAUGAAGUGGCCAGCAAAGCGGCGAUGCCCAGGUGGGAUGAGCCUUCAGACGAAGACAACUACGCCGAGGUCAGCGAUGAGCAAGCGCGGAAGUCUUCGAGUGUGAGGGUGGAGGUCCGGAUACCAGCAUGCACACUUCCGCACGCCGAAAUUGCGAGACUUCCGUCCGAGGAGCAUCUCAACAACAGCUUCCCACCGCCGCCUUCAGUCUCCAGUACGCCGCGUAAGCCGCUCUCUUCACCAGUCGAUUGGAGUCCGAUGCCGAGUCGCAACAACUCUAUAGUACAGAGUAUCGAGGUCGGAGAGGACAACAUCGAGGUGAAGGGUACUGGAUUACUCACGCCGACCAAGUCGCAGAAGAGCUCGCCGGAGAAGGUUGCGCCGCUGAAGCUCAGCCUCAAAGUACCGGAUAAGGCAAAGCAGGCCAGCUCGAAGGCGACGAAGAAAUCCACUCUCACGGCGAAGCCAAAGAAAAGCAACGUCAAGUAUGUCAAGCCGGCGAAGAAGUCCACCACCACGAAAUCGACCUCCACCGCGAAAUCGAAGCCCAAGCCUGGAAAGAAAGCGCAAGCGGCAGCCAACACGAAGCCACUCACGAACUCCUUCAAAGUCGGCAAGUCAGCAGCUGUCAGUGCGGAGGCGAAGAAAGCGGCCUCGAAAGGCACGACCACCCCCAGCAAGCUGCGCCAGGUCUCGAACGCCUCCGAGCCGAUGCUUCCUGUCUCACCCAGCGACCGACGCAACAACACCUCGCCGUCGAAGAAGACGCCGCGUUUCCCGGGGCUGAUGUCGGAGAAUCUGGACCAAAGCGUGAAGAAGCGGCUUUUCACCUGA